UCUCCUUCCCUCCCCCCUGCUACCUGCUACCGACCAUCUCAUAGAAGUCUCGAAUUUAUAAUCGGAUAAUUAGCGUAAAACAUCAAAAAAAUACGAUGGACAAACCUAAAGGAUUCCAGUUUGCAAUAGACCGAGGCGGCACAUUCACGGAUGUACUGGCUCGCUGCCCUGACGGCAGAGUGAGGGUCAUGAAACUCCUCUCCGUAGACCCUCAGAACUACGAUGAUGCUCCCAGAGAAGCCAUCAGGAGGAUACUACAGGAAGAAACCGGCAAUGCGUUAGACAAGGAUGGCAACGUGAACUCGGCUCUUAUUGAGUCCAUUCGUAUGGGCACCACAGUUGCAACGAAUGCUUUGCUGGAGAGGAAGGGAGCUAAAAUGGCCCUGGUCAUCAAUAAGGGGUUCAAAGACCUACUGUACAUCGGUAAUCAGGCUAGACCAAAUAUUUUUCAGUUGGACAUAAAACGACCAGGAGUACUGUACACAGAAGUAGUUGAAGUGGACUGCAGAGUGAUACCAGCAUUGGAAACCCGUUGCCAACUGGACAAAACAAAGUACAACUGGAAGAAAGUCACAGGAACCACCAAUGAGAAGAUGCUCAUAGUCAAAGACGUUGAUGAGGAAGCAGUGAAGCGAGAUCUGAUGCCUCUAAGAGAGAAAGGGAUAGAUAGCAUUGCCGUUGUUCUAGCUCAUAGUUACACACACCAUGAGCAUGAGUUGAGGAUUGGGAAGAUUGCUACUGAGUUAGGCUUCAAGCAGGUCUCUCUCUCACACGCCAUUACGUCGAUGGUCCGCAUGGUUCCUCGCGGCUUCACGGCGGCGGCAGAUGCAUAUCUUACGCCGCACAUCCAGGAGUACGUGCGGGGCUUCGCUGGCGGAUUCACCGACGGCCUGAAGCGCUCCAACGUGCUCUUCAUGCAGUCAGACGGCGGACUCACGCCUAUGGAGCUAUUCAAUGGAUCCCGCGCAAUAUUAUCGGGCCCAGCGGGCGGGGUGGUGGGAUACGCUAUGACUUCCUACCAAAAGGAAACUGACCUACCCGUCAUUGGGUUUGACAUGGGCGGGACAUCGACCGACGUAUCCCGGUACGCGGGCUCGCUGGAGCACGUGCACGAGGCCACCACGGCCGGGGUCACCAUACAGGCGCCGCAGCUGGAUAUAAACACGGUGGCGGCCGGCGGCGGGUCGGUGCUGGCGUUCCGCUCGGGACUGCUGGCGUGCGGGCCGGAGUCCGCGGGCGCCGCCCCCGGGCCCGCCUGCUACAGGAAGGGGGGGCCGCUAGCCGUCACUGACGCCAACUUGUUGCUGGGCCGCUUGCUGCCGGAGUACUUCCCCAAGAUAUUUGGGCCUACGGAAAAGGAGCCUCUGGACCGAGCAGCGACGGUCGCCGCCUUCACCAGAAUGACUGAUGAGAUCAACGCUUUUCUCAGACAAGAUGGCGGGAAACAGAUGACGACAGAAGAAGUCGCAAUGGGAUUUAUCAAUGUUGCCAACGAAGCGAUGUGUCGGCCAAUCCGUGCGCUGACGACGGCGCGCGGCCACGACGCGUCCCGCCACGCGCUGGCGUGCUUCGGCGGCGCGGGCGGCCAGCACGCGUGCGCCGUGGCCCGGCAGCUGGGCAUCUCCACCGUACUCGUGCACAAAUACGCCGGUAUCCUGUCAGCGUACGGCAUGGCGCUUGCGCACAUAGUGCAUGAAGCGCAGGAGCCGAGUGCGGCGGUGUACUGUCCCGAGCAGUUCGCUGUGCUCGACGAGCGGCUCGACGUACUGGCUGCUGUGUGCCGGGAUAAACUGCGGAGCCAGGGGAUCCCAGACUCGCGCAUAGUAUGCGAGCCAUACCUGCACCUGCGUUACGCGGGCACCGACUGCGCGCUGAUGGUGGCACCCCUGCCACGGAAAGACCAAGGGAUGCUGCAUGGCGACUUCUACACGGCGUUUGUUAACAGGUAUAAGAACGAGUUUGGCUUCACAUUGGCAGAUAGAGAAGUGAUAGUGGAUGACAUCCGGGUGAGGGGUGUGGGUAUGAGUCAGAUUGCGGAUGAGGUGGCGCCACCUAGCGGGGAGGGGACCACGCCUGUUGUUGAGAAGACAGUGAAGGUGUACUUCGAAGGCGGCUACCAGGACACCAACAUCUACCUGCUGGAGAAGCUGAAACCUGAUCAGUUGGUGAUGGGGCCAGCCAUCAUUAUGGACAACCUGUCCACCAUACUUGUGGAGCCAGAGUGUCGCGCGCACAUAACACGGCACGGCAACAUCAAGCUGACAGUUCCAUCGUCGCGUGCGCAGGCCGUGAGCACGCAGCUGGACUCCAUACAGCUGAGCAUCUUCUCACACCGGUUCAUGUCCAUAGCCGAGCAGAUGGGCAGGGUGCUCCAGCGCACGUCAAUAUCGGUGAACAUAAAGGAGCGUUUAGACUUCUCGUGCGCGUUGUUCGGCCCCGACGGCGGGCUGGUGUCCAACGCGCCCCACAUCCCCGUGCACCUGGGCGCCAUGCAGGAGACAGUCCAAUACCAGAUUAAAGUUCGAGGGGAUAGCUUAAAGCCGGGCGACGUAUUGCUAUCCAACCACCCAAAGGCCGGAGGUUCUCACCUGCCAGAUCUGACUGUCAUCACCCCUGUCUUCCAUACGGAUAAGACAGUAAAGAAGCCGAUAUUCUUCGUUGCCUCCCGGGGCCACCACGCGGACAUCGGUGGGCUGACCCCAGGGUCCAUGCCGCCCCACUCCACCAGCUUACAGCAGGAGGGCGCCGCCUUCAAGUCCCUGCUGCUCGUCGAUGGAGGGGUCUUCAACGAGGAGGAACUCGUCAAAGGUUUAAUGAAACCAGGAGAAUACCCAGGAUGUUCUGGCACCAGGAACCUGGCGGACAACCUGUCUGACCUGAAGGCUCAAGUGGCUGCCAAUCAAAGGGGUAUCCAGCUGGUUGGGGAGCUGAUAGAGCAUUAUGGCCUGGAAGUGGUGCAGGCGUACAUGGCUCACAUACAGAAGAAUGCGGAAAUUGCUGUCAGGGAUAUGUUGAAGGAAAUAGCAAACAAAGCGCUGGCCACGACGGGGUCGACAGUGCUGACAGCCACGGAGUACCUGGACAACGGGACUCCGAUAGUACUCACCGUCACCCUGAACAAGGAGGACGGGAGCGCCUUGUGUGAUUUUACCGGCACGGGCGUGGAGGUGUGGGGCAACCUGAACGCGCCGCGGGCCAUCACGCUGUCCGCCCUCAUCUAUUGCCUGCGGUGCAUGGUGGGCCACGACGUGCCGCUCAACCAGGGUUGUCUAGAGCCGGUUUCUGUGAUCGUCCCAGUGGGGAGUAUACUGGACCCGAGCGAGGGGGCAGCGGUGGUGGGGGGCAACGUGCUGACGUCACAGCGGGUCGUGGACACGGUGCUCAAAGCUUUUCAGGUGUGCGCAGCGUCCCAGGGCUGCAUGAACAACCUGACACUGGGCGAAGCGGACUGGGGCUACUACGAGACGGUCGCCGGCGGCAGCGGCGCGGGCCCGGGCUGGCACGGCGCAGGCGGCGUCCACACCCACAUGACCAACACGCGCAUCACCGACGUCGAGAUCGUGGAGCGCCGGUACCCCAUGCUGGUCGCACGCUUCGCACUCAGAGAAGGCUCACAGGGGAACGGCAAGUGGCGCGGCGGGCCCGGCGUCACCCGCGAGCUGGUGUUCCGCCGCAGCGUGCAGCUGUCCGUGCUCACCGAGCGGCGCGCCUUCCAGCCCUACGGCAUGAACGGUGGCGAACCGGGAGCUCGAGGACUGAACCUGCUACAGAGAGCCGACGGCCGACUCAUCAACGUCGGCGGGAAGGCGUCCAUAGAAGCUUACCCUGGGGAUAAGUACAUAAUGAACUCUCCCGGGGGAGGGGGCUAUGGGACGCCGGACGACAACAGGACGACAGGCGCCGCGACAGCGACACUGGGCGCGACAGAGCGCGCGACACCCGCAGGCGCCGUGCUCGUGGAGCGAGGCAGCGUGUUUGAGUACCGCCGGGCGCAGGAGUCCGUGUAAUCGACCAGUUAAGAACCGUGCAAACGUUGUGAACGGGAAUAAACAUAGAAGCAUUCUUGUGACUCAAAAGUGACGCUACGAAAAUCUUAGGGUACACAUAUAGUCGGGCCGGCAGUAUUAGUAAGUAAAUAAACCUUACGUGCGUGCGUGUAUGCGUGCGGGUAUGCGUGCGUGAGAGUGUGCAUGCGUGUAUGCAUGCGGGUAUGCGUGCGUGUGUGCAUGCGUGUAUGCGUGCGUGUUUGCGGGUAUGCGUGUAUGCGUGCGGGUAUGCGUGCGUGAGAGUUUGCAUGCGUGUAUGCGUGCGUGCUUGCGGGUAUGCGUGCGUGCGUGUGUGCGUACGUGCGUGCAUAAUUAGCCGAACAACAAAGCCGACCCGAUGUAAUUACUGCACUUGUUCGGCUUGUGCCCAUUGGGCAGUUCAUUCGGGUUGACAAUCAUACGAUUCGAUGACUGCCGGCCCGUCUAGUGAAAGCUGAACGGAUUUUUCUCGAACAUGCAUCUACAUAUAUUCGAUUUUUACCGCCCGGCUGUGCCGAUUUAUGUCGGCCCGACCAUGUGUGGGUGUGUAUGUGUGUGACCCUUACCGCGGGGGGCGGGGUUCAUAAUCAUACCGUCACUUCUGGCCUUUAUUGCAGUGGUAUAAAGAUAAAAUUCGGCGCUCGCCUUUUAUCACUUACUGGUAUGUCAACUUAUUUACGAAACGGCGUAAGUGGCUAAGCCUAGACAAAUCAUCAUCUCCUUAGCGUCCGUAGGGCCCACUUACCCAAUCUAAAGAUUUGACCUGUCAAAUGACAGGUCUGACUUUUUACAGAAGCGACUGCCUGUCUGACCUUCCAACCGAAGGGAAAACCAGCCCCAUACAGGUUAGGCCACAUACCUCCGAAAAUGCAUUUCUCGGGAAUGUGGGUUGUGGGGUGGGCUAAGCACAGACAAAUAGCGACAUAAAACAAUAUAUAUCAAUAACGGUAGUGUUAUUUUUUUUUUUUAAUUUUAGUGUAUGAUUAUUCUGCUGCGAUUGAUGAAUGUGGAGGAAGCAAGAGAAGUGUGUCAGGAUCGAAGCAAAUGGAAUUCUAUAGUCUCUGCUUACCCCGGUGGGAAAUAGGCGUGAGUUUAUGUAUGUAUGUAUGUAUGUAUUAUUCUGCUGCUGUGACUUUGUUUUGGUGUCAAUCAUAAACUGCGGCGAGCACGAAGAGAUUGCUUCCAUGUUUAUUUAUGGAGGUCUAUAAACACCACAUCGAAGCAAUAUUUGACAUUUGCGCAUAUAAAAGUAACUGCGCAAUGUCAACAAUAGUCAAAUAGCAAUAUUGUUUUUUCAGAUUCAAUAUGGCCUUAGUCCCUCUGUUCACUGUGAUGAAGUUACACCAUUUUUUUAGUUUAUACGAAAGUGUUGCUAAUUAAGAAAAAUCUAUAUUUGUUAAACCUAUAUUUUUUUUUUUACAUUAUUGUUGUUAUUUUUCUUUUUAUAUAAAUUGCAUAUUAAUUGUUAUACAUUACAUUGUUUAUCGUACAAAGUACUUCAAUAAUACUAGCUUUAAAAGUAAAUGUAAGUACAAAUACGUAUAGUUUAUAUUAUUAUACAAACGCUUUGGGGAUGACACCCAUUUGGGGGUGACACCCGUUUAGGGGUGACACGCGUUUAGGGGUGACACGCGUUUAGGGGUGACACCCAAUUGGGGGUGACGCCCGUUUGGGAGUGACACCCGUUUAGGGGUGACACGCGUUUGGGGGUGACACCCAUUUUGGGGUGUUGCCCGUUUGGGAGUGUCACCAUUGGGGGUGACACCCGUUUAGGGGUGACACCCGUUUGGAGAUGACACCCGUUCGCGUUUGUCACUCGUCAUACCUAAAAUAUUGAUUAUUUACACUAAAAUAAAACACUUUAUAAUCA